AUGUCUACAACGAACGGCAACAAUGCGGGUUGGGUCAAUUCGUCAGAAUCACUGUCGUUGGCGCCUUUAAAAAAGGACUCGCCUUUGGUAGCCACACUGGACAAAGAAAACCUAAAAACAGUCUCAGACACGUGUGGGUGCGUAAAUACCACCACCUCACCUCUUGCCGUUGUCAAUAGUGGAGACAACACGGUGGAGGAGUUGCAAAGGCGGUUAAAAUGCGCAGAGCUCAACAACAGUAUUUUACGUGGCAAUAUCGAAACUCUUAAGGCCGUUGUCAACCAACUGGCCGCGCAGUUGGACCUGGCAAACAACAGAUUGGCAUUACAUGAAGAAAAGGAAAAAGUGCAUGCUCUUUGUCACUGUGGGCGAGAAGGGAAGGACACAGAGAGCAUCGACGAUGAAGCGUCUUUGACUACGGCUGAUUACGAGCGUCGGAUCGCUGUCCUGUACGAUACAAUGCUUGAAAAGGAUGCGACAAUCACAGCCCUUCAAUAUGAGAUGGAAUCCCGGGAAGCGGAUGCGUCGGCUUUGCUACGGAUGUCGUUGGAAAAGAAAGAUAAAGAAAUCAUUCGACUGAUGGGCGAAUUGGAUCAGUUACGACGGUUGCAUAACAUGGAGCGAUACGCGCGGGUCCGCAAAUAG